AUGAGCGCUUUUAUGAAGCUGAAACCGACUUUACCGGUUCACAAUGCGGUGAAGGCGAUUGUUUUUGACAUGGACGGCACUCUCAGCGUGCCCCAGACAUGGAUGUUCAAGGCUAUGCGCGAUGCGAUAGGACUGCGGGACCCACAUAUGGAUAUAUUGACGUUUGUAGACGAGUUGCCCUCGCAAAAAUUACGGGACGAGGCGAACAUGCAGAUUAAAAACGUAGAGGCACGGGCGAUGGCGGAAAUGCAACCGCAGCCGGGGUUGGUGGCACUUUUGAAGUAUUUGACGGUUCACGGCGUGAGCACGAGCAUCUGCACGCGGAAUCUGAUCAAGCCCGUGCGACACCUGAUCUUGAAGUUUGUGCCUGAGGAGUGUGAUCGGUUCGACCACAUUUUGACACGGGAAUUUCGACCCACAAAGCCCAGCCCGGACCCAUUGCUGCACAUUGCAGGACAGCUGGAUAUAAAGCCCAAAAAUAUGAUAAUGGUGGGCGAUUCUUACGACGACAUGGCGUGUGGCAGGGCAGCUGGAUGUGCGACUAUUUUGGUGCGCAACGAGACGAAUGGCGCGCUGUUCGAGACGUGGGGCCACCUGAUCGACGCUGCAGUGCAAGAUUUGGCCGAGAUCAUAGACCUGGUCGAAAACGGGUUUUCGAAGCGGGACAGGAAUUGA